AUGAGGGAUGCUAGGGAAGCAUCGGUAAAUUCUGCAAGAAAAGUUGGCCACGUUAUUGCAGAGAUUAAUGAUAACUUUGAGAUUCUUGCAAAUUACAAUCCUGCUGAAAUAUAUAGAGAUGUUUGGCAACUCAGAUAUACGGGUGGUAGCAUUGGAUUUAAGGAGCACCGUCUUAAAUUGAAACAGUUGAUGGGUGAAGAUCCCUCAUUCAUUGAUCUUUAUUAUAAGACACAUCAUACCGCCGAAUCAAAGAAAAUAUAUUUUGGGGGAGAUAAAGAGGCGCUAGUGAAUUUUGUGAAUGAGACAUCUAGGGUGACGAUCGAAUCAUAUAACAAAGACCUAUCUCAAAAAUAUGGUGAUGAUCCGACUCAACAUAAUGUGAAUGAUCCUGAAUAAUGGACCCAAACACAAUUGCUUAGGAAAGGCGGGAAACAAAAAGGUCGUAACUAUGGGGCAGGAUACUCGAAUCUUCACUUUCUGAUGACGGGUGCAUAUUCUUAUGAGUUAAAUUCAGCUUCUGCUGAUUUUGCAAAGUCACAACAGGAGGUAAAUGAGUUGCGACAACAAAUGUCAAACAUGCAACAAGCCAUGGAUGAAAAGCAAAGUGAAAUGAAUUUGCAAAUGCAACAAAUGCGAAAUGAAAUGGAAAUGCAAGUGCAACGACAAUUGGCGGCCUUUAUGAAACAAAUCAAUCCGCCCAGUAAUCCACAAAGUAGUUCUUAGUUUUUGUUUUAGAACACUAAAUUAGUAUUAUGUUAUUGACUGGUUCUUAGUUUUUGUAAUGGUAUUGUAAUGGUAUUUUGAGUAUUUGAUUGUAUGAAUGGUAUGUUAGUGACUAUUUUAAUGGUAAUGAAUGUAAUGGUAUUUGAC